AUGAAGCCCUGGAAAACAGUGGUGGUACAGCUGGCUGCUGAGCUCCUCAGCACGUUCCUGCUGGUAGUCGUCGGCGAGACGGUCGCAACGCUGGGCGUUACAGCCUUGAAUCGGCACGUGACGCCGACGCAGGGCUGCUUCGUGGAGAUGGUCAUAUCAUUCGUGCUCGUGAUGGCGGUGUACAGCGCUGUCGCGGCGGCGGCAGCAGCAGGACCCUUCACUGUCGGCAUGUCUAUCACAGCCUGCCACUUGUUCGCGAUGCAGUAUACUGGUGCUGGUAUGAAUCUGGCUCGUUCUUUCGGACCUGCUUUCGUUACUGGAUCUUGGACAAACCAUUGGGUGUACUGGGUGGGACCGUGCGUAGGCGGUGUUGCUGCGGGUAUCGUCUACCAAUACUUCAGGUCAGAAGAGCCUGUGGAUGCAGCAGAGCAUAGGGCUUCUCCGGGCCAAGCUUCUGCCGUGGCCUCAGGAGUAGCGGAACGGCAUGUAUAA